UAAUGCAUUGGAAGCAGAUAGCUGGUCUAAAGAGGACAGGAGGCCACACAGGCAAGGAGUUUUAGGAGCUAGGGGAGGGCUCUGGCAGGGUCAAAGAAGCUUACGUGAUCUAAGAAGAGUGUGCAGGGACUAAGCCGGCUUCUGCAGCAAGAAGGAAGUAAGUGCUGGCCAGGUCCGUGUGGAUGUCCUGAGACUGUGGCUAAGUUGUUCAGAUGGUCCAAUCAGAGCACACCCAUAGCCCCGAGGCUCAACAAUAUUUAAGUUACUAAGCUGGUGACAACAGGCACCUGGCCUCCAGCCCAGCUCUCCCGCGGCAGGCAUGGUGCUUUGAGUGAAUGACUGACUCCCUUGGAGACACACUUCUGUGGCCCUUGCUGUCAGCCAGCUUUGUCUGGAAGCCGAAUACUCUGCAGCUCCAGGGUCCAGUGGGCCUCUUCUACGGGUGAAGGCAUAUCUUUCCUGAGGCCCCCAGAAGCUAGCACAUGCUCAGGAGAUCAGGCUAGCUAUGACCCUCCUACUUGGCGUACUGCUCUUGCUGCUGGGGCUGUGUGGAAAUUCCACUUCAAGAGUGUGGUCUAAAUCUACUAACACACCGGAAGAUUUGAAUUAUGAAUUUCCUGCCACGAACUAUGAGACCCAAGACUCCUAUAAACCUGGGCCCAUUGGCCUUCUCUUCCAGAUGGUCCAGGCCUUCCUCUACGUAGUACAACCAAACGAUUUCCCUGCAGAUAUUGUCAGAAAAGUCGUACAGAAGAAGUUUGAUAUCUCAGUUGAUUAUGAACAGCCAGAAAAUGUAGUUUUGGCUCUCAAGGUUGCCUACUAUGAGAUUGGCAUUCUCAUCUGCGCUAUCCUGGGAUUGCUGUUCAUUCUUUUCAUGCCUCUCGUGGGCUGCUUCUUUUCUAUAUGCCGUUGCUGUAACAAAUGUGGUGGAGAAAUGCACCAGCGACAGAAGGAAAAUGGCCCCUUCCGGAGGAAAUGCUUUGCAAUCUCCCUCUUGGUGAUUUGCAUACUUAUGAGCCUUGGCAUCAUCUAUGGUUUUGUGGCUAACCACCAAGUGAGGACCUGGAUCGAAAAGACACGGAAACUGGGAGACAGCAAUUUCAAAGACUUGAGAACAUUCCUUAAUGAAACCCCAAAGCAAAUCAGUUAUAUAUUGGAUCAGUACAAUAUCACCAAGGACAAGGCGUUUUCAGAUUUGAACAGAAUUAAUUUAUUGCUCGGAGGUGGAAUUAUUGAACAGCUCAAACCUCACGUGAUCCCUGUUCUUGAUGAGACCAACUCCAUUGUGACUGCAAUCAAGGAGACCAAGGAGGCCCUGGAAGACACCAGCUCCACCCUGCAGGCCCUGAGCAAUGAGACUGCACAGCUCAGCAGCAGCCUGACCAAAGUGAAAGAAAGCUUUGAAAAUUUACUCAACAACACAAACAUCAAGGAGUGUCGUCCAGAUGUACAGAACAGCCAGUGUAACAUCAUCAGGGCAUCCUUGACCCAACUGGUGUUUGACCCAGCCUUGGAAGAGCUCCGAGUGGUGGAUACAGUACUCAACAAUACUAAUGAAAUUCUUAAAACUGAUUUGGAUGGCCCCAUCAAAAAAGGUUAUGCAUCACUUGACAAAAUACCUGAGAAGGUACAAAGCCAAACUACAGCCUUGAUAGCAGAUAUCAAAGCUGUCUUAAAUUCCAUUGGCCCAGACAUUAAUGGUGUAACCCAACAGAUUCCUAUUCAGAAGACUCUUUCUGGAUUCACUGGUUACCUUGAUAACUUUGAAAGUUACUUCCAUAAGAAGCUGCCCAUGUUGGAAGAGCAUGACUCCUACUGGUGGCUGUGUGGCUUGAUAGUCUGCUUCUUGCUGACCCUCAUCGUGACAUUUUUCUUCUUGGGUUUGCUGUGUGGGGUGUGUGGCUAUGACAAGCGCGCCACCCCGACCAGCAGAGGCUGUGUGUCCAACACUGGAGGCAUUUUCCUCAUGACUGGGGUUGGAUUAAGUUUCCUUUUUUGCUGGAUCCUGAUGAUCAUUGUAGUUUUUGCUUUUGUCAUUGGUGCCAAUGUGGAAAAGCUAGUCUGUGAACCUUAUACAAACAGGAAGCUAUUCCAGAUUUUGGACACCCCCUACUUACUAAAUGAGGAGUGGAAAUACUUCCUCUCUGGCAUGAUACACAAUAUGUCAGAUACUAAGCUCACGUUUGAGCAAGUUUACAGUGAUUGCAAACAAGAUAGAGGUGUUUAUGGCACACUUCAACUGGAGAACAAAUUCAACGUCAGUGAUCAUCUUAACAUUCAGAAGCAUACUGGUAACAUAAGCAACAAAUUUGAAAACCUGGAUGUGAAUAUUGACAACAUUGUGCUGCUAGAUGAGGCAGGAAAAAAAGCCCUCCAGGAUUUUGCUCAGUCUGGGUUAAGCAGCAUUGAUUAUGCUGAGUUUUUAUCUCAGGUUGAUUCAAACUCUAUGAAAAAUGAUAUUGAAACAUUUUCAAAGACUGUAGUAGAAGCAGCAAAACGUAUGCCCAGAGGAGAUUUGAAAGACUCCUUGAUGACAGAAGCACAAACUCUUAGCAGGAUUUAUCAGGAGCAAGUUAUUCCUAUGGAAAAAUCUCUGAAAUAUGUGAAGAUGAGGAAUGCUUUAAGGCAAAACAUCCAGAGGCUCCAACACAUAGCCAACAGAUUGCCGGAGAAGGUGAACGUGCUUUUUUCAUCUUUGGACUCUGCUCAGGACUUCCUCUCCACUAACAUCUCCUCCAUCACUACGGAAGAAACUAAGAAGUUUGGGAGAAGGAUAAUUGGAUACUUUGAACAUUACCUGCAGUGGGUUGAGUUUGCAAUCACAGAGAAAAUGGCCUCCUGCAAGCCUGCAGCCACCACCCUGGAUUCUGUUGUUGACGUCAUGCUGUGUGGUUAUAUCGUGGACCCUCUGAAUUUGUUCUGGUUUGGCAUAGGAAAAGCUACGGCACUUUUAUUUCCAGCUGUAAUCAUUGCAGUGAAGCUGGCCAAGUACUAUCGCCGGAUGGAUUCAGAGGACGUGUACGAUGAUAUGGAAAGUGGUAAUAAUGGUUAUCAUAAAGAUCAUUUAUAUGGUGUUCACAACCCUGUAAUGACAAGCCAAUUGCACUAUUGACAGCUGAAGUUGAAGUGGCAUGAGCAUCAAAACAGUCAAAAUGGAAAGGAACAAAGACUUCUGAUAGUUUCAGUCUUCAAGAACUUUCCAGUCCAGGACGAACUGUGGUGUCAGUGUGGUGACUCAGGCAGGCACCAACGAUGUGGCGCUGUUGGUCUCGGGGUAGUGCUUUCUUUGUUAGGAAUGAAAGCAGUCACAGCUGUGGUCCAUGUGUCCAUCUCUAUUCGAGGGUGAUUCUACACUCCCCUGUUUGUUUCUGUUUUUUACAUUUUUACACUGAAUUUCUAUUUAGACACUAAAACAUAUGGGGUGUUUGUGCUGUUGGAAGCAUUUCUCUAUGAGCCAGCUGUUGGGUUCCUAACUUAAUCCAUAUGUGGAGUGUGCUAAAAACAUACCAGUUUACAGAAAAGAUGUAUUUUGUGUAUAGUAAAUUGUAUAUGUACCUUUUACCAACCACAGUAAGAGUUUUUUAAACAAGUGUUGUAGAUUCUCUUCUAAUUGAGGUUGUUAUUGGAUCAGGGCUGACUUAUUGGUGCUGCUGAAAAUAAUCCAGUGUUCCUAAAAGCAUGUGAAUCCUUUAGCAUACCCUAAACUUCGGAUUUCCAGCAGUUUGUCAAUGACCUGUCUGUUGUGGAGGAUGCAAAGGCAAUCACAAUGAAACCUGCUGUACAUCAUGAGAAAAUUCCCAUCACAGAGACCUUGAGAGAAAGAAAUGCCACUCAGCUGGAAGUGGACUUAUUUUAACCGAUGCAAAUCACAGUACACACUUUGGCAGUUCUGAUUUGUAAGGAUGAACAUUAAGUGAAGUGUCAUCUGAUUAUUGAUGGAAUUCUCAAAUGAAGUACAAGGACAGUUUUAUGAUUCUUAGAUGUAGUACUCAGCAUGAAUUGAACACAGUGUCAGUGUCCAUGUGCUGUGUGUUUUUCAUGUUGGGUGUGACAGUUUCCACAGUGAUCAACAGUUAAAACUGGCCAAGCGAAAGUUAGCUCUGAUAUCCUGAGGAAGGAUAGCUGUAUACCAGGUGUAUACUAUAGACCACAGUUCUGAUUCUUGCAAUAAAAAGAUGCUUGGGA